CUCAUACACAACGGUAAUAGUACAGCAUGCCAUCACGCCUGUCUCUCAAUCCCUGCUCAUAAGAGAUAUGUAGACUUGGCUGUGUGACACUCAUGUGAAUGGGUUCAUAUCCCUGCAAUCGCUACUGUCGCCCAGACUAUCCUCCUUUAUAUGUUAACGACUAGAAUGCAAAGCGUACUAAAGCGCCCCUUCGAGCUUAGGUCGAGGUGUCGCGGGACCUUACAGCAACCGCCAGUGAAUUGCCUUCGCACCAAAGCACGUUCAUUCAGGCACCCACACUACUUCCGGGUGAUUAGUCAUGCAGCAAGACAUGAUGCCAUUGUUGGGGAUCUUGCGGCAAAUGCUUCUAGCGGCGUUUUCAUGGGGAGCUCGUCCAUGGAAGAAACGCAAAGGAGGGCGUUUGUCAUGCAAGACACCUGCAGCUUCCUGGCUUCGGACCUGAAGCUGCUCUUCGAGAAGGGAGAGAUUACGGAGUCGCGCUACGCCUCAAAUAUCGCAUUCGAGGACCCCAUCUCCAAGUACGACAGCCGCGACGGAUACGUCUUCAACAUCCGGCUGCUGCGCACCCUCUUCGACAUCGCCUUCGACCUGCACUCCAUCGCCGUCACCGGCCCCGACUGCAUCACGGCGCGCUGGACCAUGCACAUGCGGCCGGGGCUGCUGCCCUGGCGCCCCAACCUCACCAUCACCGGCCGCACGGUGUACCGGGUGGACCCGCGCAGCGGCGUCAUCCUGAGCCACACCGACUACUGGGAUGCGCUGAAGCGCAACACCUUCCUGAGCCUGGAGGGGGUGGUGCACGUGCUCCGCAUGGUCACCCAGCUGCAGCUUACACCCGCCGUGGAGACACCCAAGUACACGGUACUCAGGAAGUUCAAGGAGUAUGAGAUCCGGCGCUAUGAGCCGUACCUGGUGGCGGAGGUGCCCAUGACCCAUGGGUCGGGCCCCGCCAGCGGCUCGGGCUUCUCGGAACUGGCCGGCUACCUGUUUGGCGGCAACGCUGUGGGGCUGGAGCUGCAGAUGACGACACCGGUGCUGACUCGGGUGGAGGCGGCGCAGCGGAACGAGAGCGUGGCCAUGCAGUUUGUGAUGGAGCGGAGGUACCCCGACGUCUCCUCGCUGCCCGCCCCCUCCAACCCGCGCAUCGCCACCCGGCGCCAGGAGGGCGGCUUCGCGGCGGCACUCACCUUCCCAGGCUGGCCCCUGGACUUCGAGGUAGUCCGGGCGGAGCGGCAGCUGCGGGACCUGCUGCUGCGCGACGGCCUGCUGCCCGCCCCUGCGCCCGCGCCCGGCUACCUGCUGGCGCGCUACAACGAUCCCGGCACGCCGCCCGCACUGCGCCGGAAUGAGGUGCUCAUUCAGCUGGAGGGCUUCAAGUGGCCGCCGGAGGAGGGGCAGGAGUAGCGGGGGAGGGAGGAAGACGGAUACCAUGAGGCGGAGUACUGGGAGGAAGAGCAGAGCGCUGGGAGCGGCAAGAGGAGCGCUCGGGGGGCGUGAGAUGAUGGCUGCAGCGGCUAGGAUGAGUUGAUUGCCGCGGCCAGCGACUGAGCCAUUUGCUGCGGCUGGCUAGCCUGGCUGCCCUGAGGUGUGUAUUAUGGUUUGCAAGGCGGAUUGCAGUUGAAGCUGCUCGAGCUUCUCAUGUCGGCUCGCAUGUCAUUCAUGAACCCAUGUUGGCUGCGGAGGUUGUCGUGGAGGCAGGUGGGUUGCAGGUGAGCGUUGGCGCAGUGGAGGCGGAUGCCGGGGAGUGUUCGUGGCGCUGGCCGCCGCGUGUGCGAGCAGCAGCAGCAGUUCAGGGACAGGGAUGCAUGGGGGCAUACCUGCAGACAGGCGUUUCCCGGCAGCAUAAUGUCAUAUGACGCCGGAGCGGUCCAUGUGAGGAGCGGCGGCUGCUGAGAAACAGGGUCCUUACCGCGGGAACACGCAAGAAUGCAUGCACGGCUAACGGUGCAGGGCGUGAUAUCUUAUAUGGAAGAGAGCUACGAGACCGAUGCCCAUAACCGAUGGGCAAAGGGAGGCAUUGCAACCUCUGCAAUUGCAGGAGGGCGAAGAGGUUGAGAGAGCCGAGGGGGUGGCAGCGACGUCAUCGCAUGUGGAGCGAUGGCAGUGCGUGCAACUGUGUGCUGUAGAGGAGGGUAUCGGCAUUGUUGGUCUUCCAUGCUGCAUCGAGGAAAGGAGUUCGAAAUGAUUCUGGAGUUGCUGAAGGAGAGGCCGUCAAGAUCCUGGUCGGGGUGAGCAGCAAAUACGGCAUGCACUAGGUGCUACGCCACGUGUCGUUGUCUAGUUUGUCGUUGUGGAAGGAUUAUUGUCGUUGUGACGGUGGUAUGGUAGUCUGGAAUGCUAUGUUUGGGCAGGUACCGUUAACGUUUGCCCGUGUCUGUUUCAGCGGCGGACGGGAAGGGUUCUUGCCGUACAUCGUGUGCCCUACCAGGGUUACCACGCUGUGUUGCGCCUUGCACUCGUGACGCACUUGGUUUUGUACCUCGUGGAUGUUGACCGAAUAGUUUGCUGUUACAGUGGUUCACACUGUCCAUUGUAGCAGGUGUUUCCUAUGCAUGUCGUAGAUGGGGUAAAUUUGGCAUGUAACCACGUUGUCAGGUGUUCUUGAGGGAAGUCUUCGAAGGGCCGAAUAACAUAACAGAGCCAUAAUGCAUAUGUUACAUACAGAGACGGCACGAAGCAUUCUUAGGGGAAGGCAAAGGGCCCACAUCGGAAAAAUAAGAGUGGGUGGAUAGAAGACGUGGACUGGGGUUGGUGGUUGGUGCAUAUCUGUUGGACAUAUGUAGGUACUAGG